CUGCUCCCAGAACUAGCGUCGAGCACCGUAACGUAAACAACUCCUUCCGCGUUAAUAAUAAUAUUAUCCAAUCUCCAAUGUCGCGAUCGUAUUAAUACGCACAACGCACUAAAAUCUUCCCCACCUACGACGGCGGAUACCGAGACAAAAAAAAAUGAUAAACCACGACGACAUUGGAUUUGCAGCGAAUUACCGCCACCGCCGUAACAAUAAUCGUUGUCGUCCUGCAAGUCCUAUUACUAUUACUACUACUACUACUACUACUACUACUACUACUACUAUUGCUACGUUUACUGAAACCACUACUCGUAGUAGUCUUACUAGUUAUACCACUCACACGACGACCACUGGCUCGCGAUAGUAGUCAAAUGUACGCGGUCCGAGGACGUUCAGUCUACGGCACACUACGCUCCGUUCUUAUCAUCGUCGUCGACGCGACAAGUGCUGACGCGUAACAUUCGAAGACGAGUGGUGUCAGAUCGCGUUUGAUCUUCACGACCGGUUUCUCGUUUCCGUCAGACCAUGUACUGCACUUGUCCGUCCGCUGUCACUGCGUCUGUGCUGCACUCCGCAGACCAAGAGCGUCGGUGUCACGCUUGAAGACCGUCCGUCCGCGAGGGCACGAGGCCGUCGGUUUAAGUCGGACAGUCCAUUCUCAUGGACUAUCGAAAAUGGGCGAUUUAACAUUCUACACCGUAACUUACAACGUUGCCACUAGAUCUCCAAAACAACCUCUAGAAGAUUUAUUGCAAUGGAACGGUCGCACCGAAUACCAACUACCAGAUUUUUGUUUAUUUGGAUUUCAAGAAAUCAAGGCUCAACCUCAAAACUUAUUACUUGAUUCAAUAUUUGAUGAUCCAUGGACAGCAGCUCUUAGGGAUGUUUUAAGCGGCUACAAUUAUGUAAAAAUACGUACUGUAAAAAUGGUUGGAUUGCUGUUAAAUGUAUUUUGUAAACGAAAACAUGUACCUCUUUUAAAAGAAAUGGAAUCUUCAGAAACACGAACUGGACUUUUGGGUCUUUGGGGAAAUAAAGGUGCUGUUAGUUUUAGUUUUAAAAUUUACGGAGCAACAAUAUGCUGUGUUAACUGUCAUUUUGCUGCACAUGAAGAGUAUUUAAAACAUAGAAUAAAUGAUUUUCACACAAUUAUUGAGAGUCAACAAUUUGGUUCAUCAAAAAAAACCAUUUUAAAUCAUGACUAUGUUUUUUGGUUUGGUGAUUUAAACUUUCGUUUAGACCAUAGUAAAUUGAAGUCAGCUGAAGAAAUUGCUAGUCAAGUUAAUAAUGUAAAUUCAUCACUAAGAAAUGCAGUAACAUUAACUAAUAUCUGGGUACAAGAUGAGUUGAGUUCAGUAAUGCAAAAAUCAAAAGCUUUUCAAGGAUUUUUUGAACCUUUGCCAAUGUUUCCACCAACCUAUCGAUAUAUUUUUGGUUCCAGCAGUUAUGAUCUCAAGAGAAGACCAGCAUGGACAGAUCGCAUUUUAUACAAAACUAUAGAUCCAUCAAAUGAAAAAUAUAUAUUAGAGGUGUUAUCGUACAAGUUUAUUGAGUCAAUAAAAUUAAGUGACCAUAGACCAGUUUAUAGUGAAACUAGUGUUCAAAUAUGUAGUGAAGAAAAUUUCAACGAUGUUGACCAACCUGUAAUUUUUCAACCAAUAAACACAUGGCAAUUAGAAACAGAAAAUGAAAUCAAUUUGCAAAUAAAAGAAUACAUUCCUUGGGCUAACGAUUGGAUUGGUGUAUUCAACGAGAAAUAUACUAGUCUUGAUGACUAUUUAUCGUAUGUGUAUUUACCUCUAGAGACCAUUGAACGCGAAGAAACAAACAAUGAGUAUAGACGAUUUGAUAACAUGACAUCUAUGUGUAGGGUAAAAUUCCUUCCUGAAGUAUUUUCAGAUGGUUCUAAAAGAGUGUGUUUGAAAUUUUCUGAAACAAUGGUGCUAAAUCCGGGCAGUUAUAGACUAAUCUAUUUUAGUAGCGUUAAUAAUUCAGUACUCGCAGUAUCAAAUCCAUUUAUUGCUACCAAACAAACAUGUGCGUUAAAUACAUCUCAUGAAUUUGGUUGGUAGAGUUUUGAUAUUUCCCUAUUAUUGUCGUACCAUAAAAUUUUUAUCUAUUUAAUUAGAGGGGGAAUUAUUUUAUAUUUUUUAAAUAUGUUCACUUAUUGUGUUUUAAAUUUAUAUUGUAUAUUUGUGUUACAACAUAUGUUUAUUAUUUGCUCAUACUAGUACUUAGAAUAUAUCUGUGAUUGAGGCUGUAGCUAUACAGGAUGAUUUACACAACACUGGUUUUAGGUAUAGAACAAUUAUUUAAGUACUUGUCCAGCUAUAUGCUAAUAAAACCAACAUGCUAUGUCAAGCAUUCUGUUUAAUUUCAGCAAUCCAGCAUAAGUUAAGAUGGCUGGUAAUAUCGAUUAUAAAAUGUUAAGUUUUAGUAUUUGAAUGUAUUGUAUUUUUAUUCCAAUAAAGGUAAUAUUAUAAACCAUUUUA